AUGACUCGACGUGUGCGGCGUUGCUUGGCACUUCUGCUAGCUUGGCAGCUUGGUGCUGUGUUUCGCCGGGCCUUCACAGCCCUCCAGGGAGAUGCGAACCGACCCCAACGGCUGAGUUGUUGGGCAGACGGUGAGUCAGGGGCAGCAGGGGCAGAAGGAGGACACACCGACCCAAGGAUCAUCACAAACUGCGUUACGAAUGCUGCCUCCGCAGCCGACAUCUUGGCCAUCAUGCAGCUGGAACAAGAGAAUCCAAAGUUGAAUCUGAUUUCGGUCUCCGCUGCCUGGUGCCGGCUUGCGAAGCUUCAGGGCAGCAUAAACUCCCAGGUGACCAAGUCUGAAUCAUUUUUAUUGUUUGUGAAGUUGACUCAUUCGUUGUUGGAGACGCCAGCCGGGCAUGCGCGUCAGGUGGCAAACAUACUUUGGGCCACUGCGAGACUUCCAGGUAGCGCUUUCUCGCAGCUUACAACACUGUGGACCAGCUUGAGCCGCGCAGCAAACGCAACGGCAAGUGAGAUGAAUGCCCAACAAACUGCCAAUUCAAUUUGGGCAGUGGCGACGCUCUCCACAACGAACACCAAUUCCGAAGUUUUUUCGAGUAUGCUGCCUGCGUUGGCAAACAGGGUUCCAGUCGUGAUCUCAGACAUGAACGCCCAAAAUGUUGCCAGUGUGAUUUGGGCCGCCGGCCAGCUUUUAGUCAAUCCAAGCCACGCUAUCAUGUCACACGAUUUGCGCGAGUUGCUUCCUGUUUUGACGGUACGUGCAAGAGGGUUGCUGCCUUCAGCCAAACCACAGGCACUUGCAAAUUCUUGUUGGGGGCUGGCCCUGAGUGACCACCACGAUGAGGCGUUUUUUCUAGCUGUUGCAGACAGGGUGGUGAAGGAAGCCGCUGUAUGGAAGCCAGCAGGCGCCGAGCUGGACCUGCCAUCAGUGUUGUGCGCUUUUGCACGCCUAACGGCUUUAGGACGCGCUGACAUGCUGGGAGUUGCAGCCAAGAAGCUAACGCCCAUGCUACGCAAGAUCAACAAUUGGGGCCUUUGUGCCACUCUCUGGUCGUAUCAGCAACUGGACCGCGGCGAUGACUUCCUGACUUUCCGGCAAUGCAUGGAAUCGGAGGUGGCGCGGCGCCGGCUUUCGAAUGACGUGGAGCGCAGCCGCCUGGGGCCGGAGGCUUGGCCUGCAGGGCAGACAGCGCGUCAAACGCGCCAGGGGCAGAGCACAGCGGGAAACCACACGGACCCAAGGAUCAUCACAAACUGUGUCAGGAAUGCUACCUCCGCAGCCGAAGUCUUGGCCAUCAUGCAGAGGCAGCAAGAGAAUCCGGAGUUGAGUCUGAUUUCAGUCUCCGCUGCCUGGUGCCGGCUUGCAAAGCUUCAGGGCAGCCUGAACUCCAAGGCGAUCAGAUCUCAGUCAUUCUAUCUGUUUGUAGGACUGACUACUUCAUUGUUGGAGCAGCCAGCCGUGCGAGCUCGUGAAGUGGCAAACAUCCUUUGGGCCACUGCAAAGCUUCAACGCCACGCUUCCUCACAGAUUACAAGCCUGUGGACAAGAUUGGCUCGCGCUGUGAAAACAAGUGCAGGUGCGAUGAAUGCCCAGCAAAAUGCCAAUUCGAUUUGGGCAGUGGCGACGCUUGCCACAGCAAAGGUGCACUUCCAAGGUUUGCCCAGUGCAUUGCGUGCGCUGGCAAAACGGGUCCCAGCUGUGAUAGCAGACAUGAACGCCCGAGAUGCUUCCAGUGUGAUUUGGGCGAUGGCAAAGCUGGUUACUGUCGACCCAGAGACAAAAGCUUUGUGUGGCCUGCUGCCAGCGCUAGCAAGCAGGGUUCCCGCCGUGAUUUCAGACAUGAGAAGCCAAGCAGUUGCAAGCGUGCUUUGGGCAGUGGCAAAGCUCGCUGCUGCAGAUGUGGAGCCACAAGCUUUGCUUGACCUGCUGCGAUCGUCAGCAGGCAGGAUCCCAGAUGUAGUGUCAGAGAUGAAGGCCCAAGAAGUUUCAAAUGUGAUUUGGGCCGCCGGACAGCUUGCAGUCAUGUCAGAUGAUUUGCGUGCUGUGCUUCCUGUCGUGGUGGAUCGCGCCAGUGUGGCUUUGCCUUCAGCCACCCCGCAAAACCUGGGGAAUUCGGUCUGGGGGCUGGCGCUGAGCAACUACAGCGAUGAGGCCUUUCUGGAAGCUGUGGCAGACAAAGUUGCGAACGAAGCUGCUGGGUGGACGCCACGACUCGCCGAGCGUAGUUUGCCAGCAGUGCUGUGCGCAGUCGCGAGGCUCAAGGCUGAGUUCACUUGUGACAAAUUGCUGGAGGCUGUGGCUGCCAAGCUGUCGCCAAUCAUAGACAGCAUAAACGACUGGGGCCUAUGCGCCCUGACAUGGUCAUACCAGAAGCUGGAUGUGUGUGACGAUUGCCUUAUAUUCCAUCAGGAUUUGGCAAUGCAGGUGGCAAUGCGCAAUUUUUCGCAGGAGGAUGUGGAGCGUAGCAGUUUGGGGCCGGAAACCUGGUAUUCGAAGCAAUCCUAG